AUGAUCCCUACCUAUUUCCUGUCAAAGUUGCGUCCGUACGAAGUUCAAGUUCAUGGUGUCAAAGUGAAGGCAACUGUGGUGGCCAAUAAUGUUAGCUUCCUUGAGCAAAAGCUCUCUGAAUUAAGUAGCAAGCGCGUUGUGGGAGUUGAUGUGAAGUUUCAAAGCAGAGUGGCCUCAUUGUUGCUGCUCUGCGUUGAGGGUCAUUGCUUGAUCAUCCCAAUUCGUGCACCUUUCUCUACUGUGUUUAACCCAAAAAAAGUUUCUGAUUCUGGACUCGGACGGCUUCUUGCUGACCAGAAUAUUUGUUUUGUGUACUCGAAAUUUAAGAGCGAAGAUGCUACCUCCUAUGCAGGAUUGCCGGAAAUGAUGAAGCAGACAGGUAUAGAAGUGGAUCAUCUGGCGGCUACCAUAUUGAAGAAACCGACUCUCCUCAGAAAAGGGCUCUAUGAGUUGGGACGUGAAGUUGGUAUUGACAUCAAAUCAGCUUAUUAUGUACAAUACAUAAAUUGGUCGGAUGUCAAAGUUUUCUCAGAGGAAGAGAUCAAGUAUGCAAUUCACGAUGUCUAUGCUACAUUCCUUAUUGGGAACAAACUUUUGGGGACGCUUGCAUCUUGA